AUGCUAGACUCGGCUGUCUCCUCCAGUGGACCCAGCGAGAGGUACUUGAGCAUCAGCUCCCUCAACCCCUAUGUACAUCGGUGGCAGAUCAAGGCUCGAGUUGUUGACAAAAGCCCGCUGCAGACCACAAAAAACAACAGCAGAUUUUUCCAUGUUGACAUCACAGACUCCGCGGUUUACUGUUUCUCUCGUGGUAGGGUCAACGUAGCUAACAAGCGCUUCUCGACGCUGAGCAACAACUAUGAGUUGUCAUUCUCAGCCGAUUCAGACAUUAAGCCAGCAGAAGAUGAUGGGUCAAUCCAUGCAAAAAGGAGCUUAUGUACAAUGCCCCUACGGAACAUCUUCAACUCUACAAGAGAGUGCCCAUUUCCCACGGAUGUGCUGGCCGUGGUCGUUGAAGUUCAGCCAAUAUCUUCUGUCACAGCAAGAAGCAGCGGCGAAGAGCUUAAGCGCCGCGUGCUGAAGGUCCGCGACAAGUCGCAAGUGGAAAUGGAAGUCAGCUUGUGGGGUGAGCAGGUUGACUCCAUAACUGAGUCAGCACCCCUACCCCAAGUAUACGGACUUACGGGCCUUAACAUAAGGGACUGGCGAGGCGCAAGGAGUGCCAGCACCACGAAGUCUUCCCAAAUAAUAAAGGCGGGCGCAGGACUUCUUUCGUCUGAGGAAGAAGAGAGCGCAGCGGAAAUGCUGCAGUGGUAUACCACCACAGGCAGCAGCCUUUCGUUUCACAACAUGUCUCGAGGAGGCCCACCUAGUGAGGGAGCGUCGAACGAGCGAAAGCCCGUGCAGGAAAUGAGUAUCAAAGAUAUCAAGGACAAAAAUGAGCCUGGGACCUAUGCCUUUAUAGCCCAAGUCCGCAGGAUAUACUGGAAGCCAAGGCAACAACAACAGCAGUCACAGCAACCGCAGCAGGACAUUUAUGCCUAUGCUGCCUGCCCCACCUGUCGCAAGAAACUGCAUGAGGACGCUGCGAAUGAAUACUCGUGCUAUCCUUGCAACACUAGCCACGUAACUCCUGAUUGGCGGUACAUGCUACUCGCUUCGUUCAUAGACGCCACAGGCUCCUUGAGCUGCAGAUGCUUCGCAGACAUGGGGCAAUCGCUGCUUGGCUCUCCUGCAUCGGAAGUGCGGGGCUGGAGUGCAGAGAAAAAAGAGAUUUUCUUCGACUGGCAGUCGAUCCUAAAGAAUUCCUUCCGCGUACUUGUCAAGGCAGAGUUUGACAACUAUAAUGGGGAGCAGCGAAUGAGAUACACAGCUCUUAGGGUGGACAUGAUGGACCCCCACAGUCUAGCUCUGCUACUAUACCAGCAAAUCAAAACUGCGGUGCCUACGAUAACUGAUUUCGCCGAGAGCAAGAAGUCGAAAUUUCAGGAAAGUGAUAGUGGGCUUCAGCGGGAGCCGAAAAGGUCGGUUAUCGAGGCCCACUGA